AUGAAUAAUUUCGACGCACCGUUAAACAAACCCUUGGAACAGUCCAAAAAUAUGAUUGCAAACAAGCAAGACUUCCAAACCAUCCUGAAACCUGGACUAGUUGACUUGAAUCAAGAAGAACCCUCUACAAAUCUACAACUAACUCUCUUAAAGCUAAGACAAGAAGGAUCAAAGUUGAAAAUAGAUAAGCUAAUACUUCAGGAAAACGAAAUUACAAAACAAAUUGAAGAGCUAUUAAAACAACAAGUGGAACUCGAUCAAGAAGUAGAAGAACUUAGAAAACAGAAAGAGUUCGAAAAUCUUUCAGGAAAAGAACUACAAAAAUAUCACAAACUUAAACAGAUCGAAAGCUAUAAUGAUAAUGAUACUAUACUGCCAACAACCUUGCCACCAUUAGAUCAGCAUAAGAAACUCCAUUUAUCAGAAGUCAAGUUCGCAAAACGUUUACGUCGCUAUCGGCAUAUCUUGACACGAAAUUUUUUGAGUCACUAUGGUUACCCAGUGGAAAGUUACGACGAAGACGGCGUAUUCAUCGACCAACAAUCUAAGCCACGAGAGUACUCAUUCUAUAGAAGCCCUUGUAAAUUGGAACAUAUUUGCGUACGAUGCGAUCGCCCCUUUCACGUGAGCGAGGCAGGGGAAUAUUUAACCAAAGAAAGCUGUGUCUAUCACAGCGGCGAAUUUAAGGAGAGGUUUACUUGCUGCGCAGGUGAGAGAGACUCAGAGGGUUGCGAGCGUUAUAAGCUGCACGUGUGGCAGGGGAUUAAAGAUGGAUAUAGCGGACCCUAUAAUGAUUUUCUUUACACACAACCACGCUCCGAUAAAUCAGAUAUUGAAGCCAAAGUGUAUGCGCUGAAUUGUAAAAUGUGUUACACCGGCCGUGGACUCGAAGUGGCCAGAGUAUCGUUAGUUGGUUAUGAUGGACAAGUGGUUUAUGAUCAUUUUGUGAAGCCGACAAGUGAAGUUGUCGAUUAUUGUACUCGCUUCUCAGGUGUAACCGCCAAAGAUCUAUGUGAGAUGCAAAACAAAAAUUUGAAAACCUUCGCCGAAGCUCAAAAAGAUUUGCUGCAACUGAUCGAUGCCGAUACAAUACUCAUUGGUCAUAGUAUGGAGAACGAUUUACGUGUGUUGAAGAUUGUUCAUAAGAAGGUAGUCGACACGGCACAUGAGUUCCCACACCCAUUACGCUUUCCACGUCGUCAUUCGCUUAAGAAUCUAACUAAGAAAUACUUAAAGCGCGAUAUACAAUGUGGCAACAACGGUCACGACAGUGUGGAAAACGCUCGUGCCUGUUUGGAGUUGGUUAUGUGGAAAGAUGUCAUUAAACGUAUUAUUUCUGGCGAUGAGUCUUGGAUCUAUGCUUACGAUCCGGAAACAGAUGAUGAGUCGGCCGAAAAUCGUGGCAGAGGUGAGCUAAAGCUGGCAGAAACACUUCAAAUCAAGUAA